UCGGGGCCGGGCAGGGGGCGGGGCCGGAGUCGCCGCCGCCGCCGCUCCCUUAGGGCCCGGCCCGGCCCCGCCAUGGCCCCCGCCUGGAUCGGCCGCCUCUGCCUCCUCCUGCUCUGCCUCUGCGGGGAGGCCGCCGCGGGGAGAGAUUUCUACAAGAUCCUGGGGGUUUCCCGUGGCGCCUCCAUCAAGGACAUUAAGAAGGCCUAUCGCAAGCUGGCGCUGCAACUCCAUCCCGACAGGAAUCCCGACGACCCGAGCGACCCGCGAGCGCAGGAGAAGUUCCAGGACCUGGGAGCUGCCUACGAGGUGCUGUCAGACGAGGAGAAGAGGAAGCAGUAUGAUGCCUACGGUGAGGAGGGACUGAAGGACGGGCACCAGAGCUCCCACGGAGACAUCUUCUCCCACUUCUUUGGGGACUUUGGAUUCAUGUUUGGAGGGAACCCUCGCCAGCAGGACAGGAACAUUCCCCGAGGGAGUGACAUCAUCGUGGACCUGGAGGUCACGCUGGAGGAGGUGUAUUCAGGGAACUUCGUAGAAGUUGUCAGGAACAAGCCAGUGGCCAGGCAGGCGCCAGGCAAACGGAAAUGCAACUGCUGGCAUCACGGAGCAGGAACCUUUCCUAAGUGAUAGCAAACCUGCUGA